AUGUUCCCCGACGUGGGAGGGUACGACACCCCUGUUCCCGAGCUCGACGACCAUCGACAGCAUUCGUCCGCCCAAAGAGUUGAGCGCCCGCGCCGAGGCACCUUUGAUAGCCUGUACGGCGCGCGCCAUCUCGAUGCCGAAUCUGAGAACCCGGCCAUCCGCGUUCGCGACUUCGAAGAGGCCAUCAUCGACGAAGAGGGAGAUAAUGUUCAGCCCAUGCCGCGGCUUGGGCGCCGCCCAACCGUGGAGUCGUCGCAGGAUGGUAGAUCCAUCUCGCCCCCCAACUCGGUCAAGGCCUUCGCAGAGGCUCGACGUAGGGAGCGCGAGAUGUCCUUCUCCGAGGCCAAGAACGAUGCUGAGGAGCCCCUCGGUCGGACAAUGUCCAUUUCGAGUCGCCGGAGCCUCCGAAGCCGCACUCACGCCGACGACGCUGACAACAGGAGCUUCUUGACCAACAAGACAGCCGAGGAGGACGUCUGCUACCCUCUCCAGGAGAAGCACUCCAAGCAAAACGAGCUCCGGAUCGACUUUGACUAUCUUGAGGACUUUAUCGCCGAUGAGAGGGCUGAGCGGGCCGCCCGGGCGGAGACUCCCGCAGAGGGCUUCAAGGACUUGCGACGCACCUCUACUCUGCCAAAAUCGCAAAUGGCCACGGUGGACGGCGACAUCCUCGAGAUACCCUCCGACGACUCCACGGCCAAUGAAAAGGUCUCGGCCCAGGCGAGCGAGGUCCCAAAGAUGCCGUCGCAUCCCGUGGACAACACGCGCUUCAGCUUCUUCUCCUCGGCGUGGGAGUCGACGAUUCACGCCGCAGAGAUGGGCGAUCUCGUGCUCCCGGGCGAGGAUAUCCGAGGGCUCUUUCAGCUGCCGGCGGACGAAAGCGGAGUCUGGUGGCUCAACGUGAACCAUGCCACCAAGGAGGAGGUGUACGGCCUCGGCAAGGCGUUUGGCGUUCACCCCUUGACGAUUGAAGACAUUGUCACGCAGGAGGCCCGAGAGAAGAUUGAGCUCUUCCCGUCGUACUACUUUGCGAGCUUCCGGUCCUUCAACGUCGUGGACGAACCCGAUGGGAAAGAAUACGAGCCUUUCAACAUCUAUGUCAUUGUGUUCCGAGAGGGGACGCUGAGCUUCAGCUUUGCGCCCAACUCCCAUGCGUCCGAGGUUCGUAAGAGGAUCACGGCCCUUAAGGACUAUGUCUCUCUCAGCAGCGACUGGAUCUGCUACGCCUUGAUUGACAACAUCGUGGAUAGCUUCGCGCCUGUCAUCAACCAGAUUGAGCAUGAAGCCGAUGCCAUCGAGGACGAGGUGUUCGUCAUGCGGUUCGACGAUUCCAACACGUUUCUGCGGUCUAUUGGACGGGUGCGGAAGAAUUGCAUGGCCCUGCUGCGACUCCUGGGCGGCAAGGCCGACGUCCUCCGCGGCUUCACCAAGCGCUGCAACGAGAACUACCAGGUGACGCCGCACAUGGACAUUGGCAUGUACCUGGGCGACAUCCAGGACCACGUCGUGACCAUGGCCACGAACCUGGGCCACUUUGAAAAGAUUCUGUCCCGCGCCCACAGCAACUAUCUGGCGACGCUGUCCAUCAACAGCAUCUCCCAGGGGACCGACAUGAACCGGGUGCUCAGCAAGAUUACCAUGCUGGGCUCGAUCCUGGUUCCUCUGAACCUGGUCAGCGGCGUGUUUGGAAUGAACGUGCAUGUGCCAUUUGAGACGGUUGGCAACCUCGGGCCCUUUUUUGGCAUCAUCGGCUUCAUGGCCGUCCUCUGCAUCUUGUUGAUUACCGUGGCGAGAUGGAAGCGAUGGAUCUAA